CCGGUGCAGCUGCGGGCGGAGGACAACGGAGGGCCGGAGCGUCCGAGCCGCGCCGCGAGGACCGAGCGAGCAGCCCGAGGCGGCGGCGGCAGAGGACGGGGACGGCGACGACGCGGAGAGGGAGCUCCCUGGCUCGGCCCAGCCUAGUCAAGCAGGUAGAGUGCAGUGGAAGCCUCUGGUGCUGCCGUCAUGCCGUUCCCGUUUGGCAAGUCUCACAAAUCUCCAGCUGAUAUAGUGAAGAACUUGAAGGAGAGCAUGGCUGUUUUGGAAAAGCAGGACAUUUCUGACAAAAAAGCAGAAAAGGCUACAGAAGAAGUCUCCAAAAAUUUGGUUGCCAUGAAAGAAAUUCUGUACGGCACAAAUGAGAAGGAGCCUCAGACAGAAGCGGUCGCUCAGCUGGCUCAGGAGCUGUACAAUAGUGGGCUCCUCAGCACCCUGGUAGCUGACUUACAGCUCAUUGACUUUGAGGGCAAAAAAGACGUGGCUCAAAUUUUCAACAAUAUUCUCAGAAGACAGAUUGGUACAAGAACUCCUACUGUUGAAUACAUCUGCACCCAACAGAGUAUUUUGUUCAUGUUAUUGAAAGGGUAUGAAUCUCCAGAAAUAGCUCUUAAUUGUGGGAUAAUGUUAAGAGAAUGCAUCAGACAUGAACCGCUUGCAAAGAUCAUUUUGUGGUCGGAACAGUUUUAUGAUUUCUUCAGAUAUGUUGAAAUGUCAACAUUUGACAUAGCUUCAGAUGCAUUUGCUACGUUCAAGGAUUUACUUACAAGACAUAAAUUGCUCAGUGCAGAAUUUUUGGAGCAGCAUUAUGAUAGAUUUUUCAGUGAAUAUGAGAAGCUACUCCAUUCAGAAAAUUAUGUGACAAAGAGACAGUCACUGAAGCUUCUCGGUGAGCUACUGUUAGACAGACACAACUUCACCAUUAUGACGAAAUACAUCAGUAAACCUGAGAACCUCAAGUUAAUGAUGAACCUUCUCCGAGACAAGAGCCGGAACAUCCAAUUUGAGGCCUUUCACGUGUUCAAGGUAUUUGUGGCCAACCCCAACAAGACGCAGCCCAUCUUAGACAUCCUCCUCAAGAACCAAACCAAACUCAUCGAGUUCCUCAGCAAGUUCCAGAACGACAGGACCGAGGACGAGCAGUUCAAUGACGAGAAGACCUAUUUAGUCAAACAGAUCAGGGAUUUGAAGAGACCAGCUCAGCAGGAAGCCUGAUCUCCAGCAACCCUGCGCCAGCCCAUCCAACUUCAGCACGUGCUGUUAGCUCCUCAGCAUCAGGCACUCGUGUCGGCUCAUGAGGAACAUUACUGCUAAUCUGCUGUUAAGUGAACGGUUUUUCUUUUUGCCUUUUUGUUUUUCAGUCCAGGUUGGAGAACGUAGCUGCUGCUGCUUGCACAUUAGAGCGCACGUGGUCUUUCCCUUGAUCUCUGUGUCAUUUCAGAACUCACAGACGCCAUUUGCUACAAGAGUUCUGAACGUGGCUAGGUCCAUGAAGGCAAAUGUACGAUGAAAGUGGUCUAGGGAAAAGACAUUGGUGACAUCAGCUGACAUCUAUACAUCGGCACUGCUCUUUGCAGCUCUGUGCAGAAUUGCAUGGGCACACCUGGCAUCCCAGUGCCAGAUCAUCCACCUUCGCUGAAGGAAGAUGGCGCAUACAGGGAUCUGUUGGAGUCAGAGGGGAACUGUAUCCAGUGUGAGCUUUGGGGAGGAUAAAGUUGAUGUGCAAAUAAAUUGAUACUGAAACUUAGCAAUUUCUCAAGUGUGGAGCUUCAUAAGGUCAUAAGGAAAGUGUAUAUAUGCUUUUCACAGCUUUCUAGGACUUUUUGACAUUUGAUUUUUCUUGAAACUUGUAAACCUGAAUAUGUUGAAGGGCGUUUGUUAAUUUUGCUUUUGAAGGUGUUUUAAACAGUAGAGCAGCAGCAACACCUUACGUUUCAUUUCAACACUGCUUACAGGUUUCUUUUGUAUAUAAUUCUUAGAAUGCUCGUUUCUUUUCAAUCGUUUAAUUUGUACAGCAGAGGAAUGUUAUUGUAGCAGUAUGUAACUAUUACCUGAGUUUUGCAAAAAAAAAAAAAAAAAGAAGAAGAA